AUGCAUAUACAUAUAUUACGGCUUGUUUCGAAGGUUGGCGAGCAAGACAUCUUGCUGAACUUCGACUUGCUGAAGUCGUAUGUGGUGCACGUCGUGAGUUCUAAGGGCAUCCCCACUCUCAGUGACCACAAGGUAGCCUUCACGCACAUAUCUUCGACCUACAGCUUGCACCCCAACGUGCGGACGAAACGGGGUGGCAAGGCGGAGGUGAAGGAAUGGGCCCAUCUGGAGGCACUGAAGCUGAGAUCGCUCGUUGGUGCCUUGCAACGCCUCGCACGUCGCACGCUCGAUGCGAAGAUGCAUACGAAGAUGAUGAUCCUCAAGAGGCUGUUCGCCGUGCAAAUGCUGUGGAUCCGUGACGAGCCGGAACGUGCUACUGUCGACGAGUCCGAGGACAGAGGCCAUGCCCUGGUACCCGCCGAUGAAGCGGAUGCCGAGGAUGAUUCCGAGCGUGACACCAUCAUGCUCGGUUUGAGCCCUGUUCCGCUGGACGACUUGGAGCCGCGAAGCCUGGAGGAGCUCGAUAUGGAGAUGCACCGGCUCAUUUGUGAGAAGACUGCCCGUCCUGAGAUGGAUGAUGCUGAAUUAGAGGAGAUGCUGAAUGCCGCUUGUGCCGAUGAUGAGGUUCCCGACCCUCAGUCCGUCCUUACAAUGCAACAGCUCGCAGAAUUAGAGGAGAUGGAUUUGGAGCGUGCGAGAAAGGAUCGAGCCCCGCUCAUCACUGAUCGACUCGAACUCCCGCCGGAGCUGCAGGAGAUGCUGGAUGAGGAUGCCGAGAUUUCGGAUGCAAUCGCCGGCAUGGGAAACGCAGUGAAAAGCAUGCAGAAGGAUGUGAAAGCCAAGCACCGACACGAGAUGAUGGCCGCCAAGGUCGCCAAGGGUGCAGGGAAGGGGCGCAAGCGCAAGGAGACGGAUGAGACGCCAGAAGGCCCUCGAAGGGAGCUCGACGACUCGAAUUCCAAUCCGAUGCAGAAGAAACCCCGAACACGCCGGGGCAACAGAGGCACAGCCAUCGAUCAUGAUCACGAAUCGAAGCCCACCGAGACCACCGCCGAGGAUUCUGCACCGGCUCCGACCCAUGCCAUCGAAGCACCGACCCCUGUCAUCGAAGCACCUGUUGAGGCACCAGCGCCGACCCCUGCCAUCGAAGCACUUGUUGAGGCACCGACCCCUGCAUUGGAGGGAGCAGCCGAAGGGGACGAUGGUCUUCCGGCACCACCCGCGGAGAACGAUCGAGAUGCAAAUGAAGAUGCUCUACGACGUCGACGAGCAGCCGAGCGACGACAACUAGUCGCUGACACCAAUGCAGACAUCAUCCGCGGCUCAGGGAUCGAGGAUCUCCAGCCACCGCUUGGAUUCACAGGAAAGCACCAUGUCAAAAAUUAG